AUGCCCUCUAUGCUCGGUAUGCUGCAGAACGCGCAGGACCAGGCGGCCUCACCACCUGUAUCUCCCCGCAACUCCCGUUGUCCCGGCGGCGGCAGCCUUUUUGUGGGGAAGGGUGAUGGCGAGUCUUCCGCCGCUGCUGCGAUCUCUGAUGGAGAUUCCACUGGUGGAAACGAUCUAGCUGGUCACAAACACACCUCAAGGCGCAUGGGCUUGGUGGGCCUUGGUGGGGGCAGGGAGGCGUCACGAAAAAACCCGACGCCCGUACCGGCCGCGGCGGUGAACAAAGGAAGGGAGCGGUCGCCUUUGGCGUCGCUGCCCAUCAACCGGACGCCUACCGUCGACCACGAAGAAGCGCCAAGGCUGGUCGGCACUAUACGGCGACUAAGGCAAAACUCCGUGCGGAUCAUCCAGCGGUUGCCGGGACCCAAGCUGCUCAUGCAGGUCCUCGAGGGAGAAAUCGACCCGAAGAACGUGCGGCUCACGACUCAGUCCGAGCCGGUCAUCCUGAUGGAAGUGAUGCCGGCGGCCCUCGUGAUCUCCCUGCUGGCCUUAACCUACCUCGUCUUCACCAGCAGUGUGUUGAUCAUCGUGUGGUUCCACCUCCGCGGGACCACGACCCUCGCCAUGGGUCCCGGGUCAGGGGAGGGGGCGGCGGAGCUCUGCGUCAGGAGUCCAUCUUCGACGGCCACCGUUACCACCAGCGGGGGGGAAACAGAUGUUUUCAUCAUCGGGGCUGACGGUCCCGACCCGUACUCCCCGUCCGCCGCGGGAUGCACGGUGUUUUCGCCGGGCUUGUCGGAGCUGUCCCUCGAUUCACCCCUUCUAUCAUCAUCAUCGCCAACCUCGUCCUCCUUGACGGAUGCUGAGGAGCGGUACGGGGCCGUGUUCUCCGGCCAGUUUUCGGGAAUGACGGACCUUUUCGGGAUCGUGUCUCUGCACGUAUCAUUUGCCGACACCGAGGUACAAGAGUCUCUGCCCGACCCGGCCCCGGUGGACAUCGCGUUGGAGGCGUGCGUGGCAGGGGUGGCUGCGGCGGUAGGCGAGAGCAGUAGCCAGGCGGACCUAGAAUGGGGCACCUGCGAGGAAGGCUGGCUGCCCGUGUUGUUCCAGGAGAACAUCUCCGCUCGAGUUCGCAGCCUUCCUGAAAACCGAGGGUACACCCUGUUCAACUUCUACCAGAACCAGGACACCAUCUGGGGGCAAGCCCUCGUUCGCCAGUAUCGGGUCCAGGUUGGCUUUGUUUCCACCACCGCCAGCUCUAGCAGCACCGGCGGGAGCAGCGGCAGCGCCGAGGAGUCUUUCAGCUGGGUGAGCGAGGCUAAGUGGUCCCUUGAGUACGAAACCGGAGCGACGACGGAGUGGGCGAAGAGUGUUCUCGCAGUUGUGCUGAUGUGCUGGGUGCCCGUGUGGCUAGCGUGGUGCUGGACUGUUUUCUACAAGACUUCGGAGAAAGGGUUCAAGAACGCCUUGCAUGAGCGGAAAUGGCUGGCUUCCCUCGGUCUGUCGGUGGUAUUCUACCUAAACCCCAUCAAGGUGGUCGGCAACUUUGCCUUCCCCGAGUCUGCUUCAUGGGGACUAGCCAGCGAGAUGUGUUUCAGCGUCGCCGUGGUUAUGUUUCUGGUGGUGGGUCUCUGUAUCGCCGGCGGGGUGAGCAGGGACUGGGUGGGCGGAGGGCUCCUCGGCUUCUAUGUCCCCAAGGCGGCCGCCGCGCGCAUCUUGAUGGUGAGGGUGUGGGUGGUGUGGAUAUUGUUCUGCAUGUACACCUCGGGCCGCCUCUUGAGGAAGCUCCCCUACGUGCCGAACCGAUUCCGGCAGCUUUCUUACAGGUUCUUCGGUCUCCAGGCUAUUUUGCUGGGUGUCGUGUACGUGAUGUUCGCACUAUGGCGGCUAGUCGACACCCUCAACGAUGACGUGGGUGGAAAAACCCUCGCCGCUCAACUCUUGCUCUCGGUCAAGGCCAGACAGGACCACCUCGCAACGGUAUCGAUCUUGUGUGCUUACACCCUGCAGCUGUUUGUGCUCUUCCUGCCCUCGUCAUUGAAAGAGUCCAAGUUCCUCAGGAAUAUCGCGGUGCGCUUCGUCUACUUCGAAGAGCACCUGCCGAUCGCCAUGCGGAAGAGCAGGGGGCGGGGAGUUCACGGCCGCGCCCGCGGGGGUCAGGCGAGAGACGAAGAUCCCAUCUUCCAGGGCACAGCCUUGAACCGCGGGGAACACCCGAAAACAUCCCCGGGGGACGUCGGGAAGGAGGACGAGGAAGAGAAACCUAUGUUCUGCGUAGAGACGGCCGCGUGGUUUUUGCAGUCGGAGUUUAACUUGGAUCGUAUGAUGCCGACGGGCCGAGAGCACGAGGCGACGAAGGUGACAGAAGAAGAUAUCGACGUCCAGGCCGCAGAGUCGCUGCACGGCGUCGUGGCGCACAUAGCCUUUGCGAGAAAAGAGGCAGAAGAGGGGUACGGCGACGUUUUCGAAGAACACAAAGCACCCGCGGGAGGAACACAAAUCGCCCCGUCUCCUGCCGUCGUUGCGGGCAUAGGCGGUGUACCCCCAUCCUCCCUACUGUCUUCGCCCCACGUCGCCGAACCCCCCCCUGCUGAUGCUGGUGCUGGUGCUGGUGCUUCUGAAGGACGUGAACGUGUCGGUGUUGGGCCUAGCGGAGGUGGCGGAGGUGCCGGCGAAGAAGGGGGAGUCGCCAACAGGUCUCCUCCGUCUCCGUUUCCCUCUCCGUCCGCCCCCUGCCCAAUAGGCUCCCCGCGCAGAGGGUUAAUAGCGAGCGUGGGGAAUGUCGCCCCUCUGCGGCUUAUGGGUAGCAACUCCGUGUCGCUGGUGAGCGACGUCGAGGACGGGGAGGGAGAAUGGCUCCCUCGAGGGAGCGCCGCCGGCGCAGCCGCCGCCGAUCAAGGGGGGGGUAGCAUCAGCGGGGGGGGAACAAGGUCCAUGUGCACCGAGAGCUUUGAAGGAGGAGUAGAGCUGCUUGGAGGGGUAGGCGGCCCGGGGGAAGCCCAGGGUGGUCGCGGCAGUUCUUCGCGCUCGCACAGGGGACAGUCGGGAUCAUUUGACCAUGCGGCGACAGUACAGGCCGGAGGUGGAGAAGAUGCCGCACGCUCGAGGAACGGGGGGGGGCGGGGAGCGGGGGGAAAGACGGCGUGUAACAUGGGUGGAUCACCGGGCGCGAUGGAAGGUCCGGGUCCUAAAUUCGUUGGACCAAAGGAAGACUUGGUGCGAGGCGAGAAUACGGGGUGUAACAUGGUGAGGGAGGCGGCCAGGCGGGGGGUUGAGGCCGUGGACAAGGCCGUCGACGCGACGGGCAUCAACCGCAUCCCCUUCCUGAAACAGUGCCUUUGGGGACAGGUGCACACGGGCUUCUGGAGCGCCUACGAGUGUGUGCGGGGAGAACUCCACGCUUGCGUUCGCGAGACAUUAAUCGACUGGAUACUCAGCCAGGACAACCCUACAGACAUCAAGAUCUACGUGACGGGGCACUCCAUGGGCGGCGCCUUGGCGACGCACAGCGCGAUGGACCUCAAGCUGUUCACUAUCGACAAGAUACAGGCCCGCCUCGGAAAUUUCAUGCGCAUGCGGCAGACGUUGAUGACGGUGGCGGGUUGUCUCCCCACCGUAGCCAGCAGCAGCCGCGUGAUGGUAAUAACCCCGAGGACACUGCACGCGAGAAUGGCCCUGGUGGUGGUAGCAGAGGCGGGCGGACGGAUAUAA